GGCAAGUCGGCCCAAGCAAUCUCAGCUCGCGACCCACUGCAAUGGCCCGCGUUCCAGAAGCCAGUGUGCGGUCUGCCGCGCACUUCAACUUGACGGCGUCGCUGGCUGCGGCUCAGCCUCAGGUGAGGCGCAAUGCAGUGUUGGGAGACAUUACCAAUACAGCACCUAACUUUGGUGCUGGUGUGAAGCUUCUCGAGAAGCCGAACCUCCUUGGACUCGGGCAGCUCCAGAACUUCAAAACCUGCUCGAACGCUGGCGUCGGAGCCGCCACAGCGAGCCUGAGCAGGUCUUUCCGCAGCAGGGAAGAUGCACUCAUCGUUGGGCCCGGUGGUGCGACUGUAGCGCAUGCGCGGGAGAAUGCCCGUUUCCUCCGACCCGCCUCCGGCGACUUCAUGGAUGUCGGAGAGGAUGAUCCCAUGGAUGUAGAGGAUCCCCAGAAUGUCGGUGAGUACGUCAAAGACAUCUACUCCCACAUGCUGUCGGUAGAGGCUAUCUUCCAGCCUAGGCCACACUAUAUAUCGCAGCAGCGCGAGAUCAAUGCAAAGAUGAGGGCGAUCCUGGUUGAUUGGCUCGUGGAGGUCCACAUGAAAUACCGGCUGAGAAAAGAGACACUGUUCAUGGCAGUGAACUUAGUCGAUCGAUUCUUGUCCUUGAGGCAAGUGGCGCGCAAGCGAUUACAGCUGUGCGGGGUUGCAGCCAUGUUUAUUGCCGCAAAGUUUGAGGAGAUCUACCCUCCAGAGGUGAAGGAAUUUGUUUACAUCACUGACAAUGCCUACACCAAGGAUGAUAUUCUGCACAUGGAGGUUUCCAUUCUGAGGGCUCUCAACUUUGAGCUUUGCGGCCCGACCCCGGCGCAUUUUCUAGAUCGUUUUGCGCGUGCCGGUCAAUGCUCUGAGGAGCACGCACAUUUGAUGCAGUAUUUGGCGGAGCUAUCGUUGCUUGAAGUUCAGAUGCUUCAGUAUACGCCGUCACAUGUUGCUGCAGCAGCUGCGCUCUUGAGCAACAAGCUCUUGAAAUGUCCAACCUGGCCAACGUGCAUGGCACAAAUCAGCAAGCACUCCGAGGCAGAAGUUAAGGCAUGCGCUCGCGAAAUGUGCGGGGUGCUCGAGACAAUGGAGAGGAGUUCCCUGCAGGCGAUUCGCAAGAAGUACUCACAAGAACGGUUUAGCAAAAUUGCAAAGAUCACCUUUGGGAGUUGAACUGCCUGAAGGGGUGAAUUAGAUGAUGCCUUUUUUGAACUUCUUCCUCAAAAUGCUUUCGGAUUACCCGAUCGGCCAAGCCGUGUGCGGCAUGUGCUCAUGCAAACAUUUGCCAGCUGCAGACAAUCGCAGCGAUCUGGAGCAGCGAGCCUCCACCGGAUUUCUCAGGAUCUCUGUCAAUUCGGUGCACGUAGUUCGGAACGCACUCCCACUUGCUUGACAGCUCCA